UUGUUGAUCCAGUCGGCAAUUCAGUCGCGAAUUGUAACGAUUAGUGAUUUGUUUAUGUCAGAGGACGAUGGCACAAAACACGUUUCUUCGGUGAAUUGGUGCGAAUUUGUUUGUUUUGAUACAAAUGGCGAGAUGCUUUUGAUUAACUGUUAUAAUAUUUGAUAGUUUAUGUGCAUUUUGUGAUCUACUUUCUAUUUGUUAGAGAACGCGCGUCACAUUUACUAACUAUGGAGAGAGAAAAGAAACUUCCUUACCCUAAAUCCGUCUUCUUCAUUGUCAGCAAUGAGUUCUGCGAAAGGUUCAGUUACUAUGGGAUGCGAACAAUCCUCAUCCUGUACCUUAAGAACAUUCUUCUGUUCAGCGAGGCGGACUCGAAAAUCAUCUACCACACUUUCACCAUGUUUGUGUACUUCUUCCCGCUCUUGGGUGCCAUACUCUCGGACAGCUGGUUAGGAAAGUUCAAGACGAUAUUCUUCGUUUCCAUAAUUUAUGCCUGCGGAAGCAUACUUCUGGCCGUGUCGUCUGCGCCUACAGACAUCCCACAGACCGCGUUCUCCAUGAUCGGUCUUUUGCUCAUCGCUUUGGGCACGGGAGGCAUAAAACCGUGCGUGUCCGCAUUUGGAGGCGAUCAGUUCAUCUUACCGCAACAGGAACUGCAGCUGGCCACUUUCUUCUCCCUUUUUUACUUUUCCAUUAACAGCGGAAGCUUGGUCUCGACCUUCCUGACACCGAUAUUGAGAGAGAAGGUCCACUGUUUCGGAGAUGACCACUGUUACCCGUUGGCUUUUGCCGUUCCUGGUGCUCUUAUGGUUGUAUCUAUCAUUAUAUUCGGACUCGGCAAGCCUCUCUACAGGAUCAAAAAACCCGAAGGAAACGUCUUCGUUCAGGUUACCAAAUGUAUUUCUUAUGCUAUUAGCAAGAAGUCGAAACGCGACAAAAGUGAGAAACCAAAGGAACACUGGUUAGAUUACGCAUCAGACAAAUAUGACUCUACUCUCAUUGAUAAUAUUAAGGCCACCAUCAAAGUUCUUAUUAUUUACAUUCCAUUGCCUAUUUUCUGGGCAUUGUAUGAUCAACAGGGAUCAGGGUGGACUUUCCAGGCAGUACGUAUGGACGGAGAUAUUGGCUUUUAUACCAUUCUGCCUGAUCAAAUGCAAGUGGUUAAUCCUCUUUUGAUUCUGGCCUUUAUUCCUUUAUUCACAUACGUGGUGUAUCCCUUGUUGGCCAAAUGCAACUUUGUAAAAACACCUUUGCAAAGAAUGGCCGCUGGUGGAGUUCUAACGGCAGUUGCAUUUGGUAUAUCCGCUUGCAUUUCCUUAUGGUUGGAAUCAACGUAUCCAACACUUCCCUCAGAGGGAAACAUUCAACUUAGAAUGUACAACCCCACUAAAUGCGAUGUGACUGUCAACGCUUUGGAUUUGAGAAUUAAUUCGGCUAUUAAAAGUUUUGGAUAUGAACAUAAUAUUGAUAUUGACUUCUCUGGUAAAAGUGACGUAGAGUUCACCUUCACUGGGGACUGUUUAACUGAAAAAACUUUAAAAGUUUCUAUUAGUGAAGAAACUGCAUAUGGAAUAGUCAUUCAAGAAGAUAAGAUUCAAUCCUAUGAGGAUGAUAUCAAAAAGAGUGACGAUGGAAAUCCUAUUGUUAGGACUUUGCAACAUGUAUCAACUGGCCCGCCACUUUCAUACGGUUCGAAAAAUAUUAGAGCUGAAAAUAUUGAACAAGAAACUUUCGAUGUAGGAACCUAUGAUGUAGGUCCAUCAAAGACUGAAAUGAAACUAAAAUUGGGUGGAAAAUAUGUGGUUAUAGCGAAUGAUGAAAAAGCGGAGUUAAUAACUGUAACAGAGCCGAACUCUGUGCACAUACUGUGGCUACUUCCUCAAUAUAUUGUUAUAACAGGUGGUGAAAUUAUGUUUGCCAUUACUGGUUUAGAGUUCUCCUAUUCCCAGGCACCAGUCUCUAUGAAAUCCGUUCUUCAGGCCUGCUGGUUGUUAACCACAGCUUUUGGUAAUUUAAUAAUCGUAAUUAUAGAGUCUGGAAAAAUUUUCGACAAACAGUCAUAUGACUUCUUUUUGUAUACGGUUCUUAUGUUAUUUGACAUGGCCCUAUUUAUAUGGCUAGCAACAAAAUAUAAAUAUAUAAGCUUCGCAAACAGUGAACAAGAAUUGACAACUACAGACAAAGAGAAGCAAGGAGUUGAAAACUCAGCCUUUGACGAUUCCAAUUGAAGACAUCUUUAAAAGCAAUGUUUAUCAGUGAUCUUAGCACCUUUAAAGGUCCAUAUGUCAUAAUUAGUCUAAAAGAAAUUGUGCUCAAGUAAUCAAUUUUAUAUCUAUCUCAAGUAUUGUAAUGCGGCAACGAUGGCCGUCCUAUGCAGUCGGUUCUGCAACUAAGCAUUACUCCCAUGGAGUAGCCAUUUUUAACCCCUUUUGGUUAUUUAUGGUAAUAAAUUGUACUUUUAUAUACUCAUCACAUUUAUUUAAAUGAGUCUUAUUGUGUAUAUAUAUAUAUUGAAUUGUAUGUUUUUAAAGUGUAUUUAAUAAAUUGUUUAAAACUUU